AUUACGACUCAUUCUUUCUAAUGACCUACUUUCAAGACUCUGAAUCCAUUGAGUCAACAUGAAGGUCACUUUCGUCGCAGGCGUUCUUGCCGUGCUCACGUCCUUUACCACCGCCAAAAAAUAUGUGUGGCCAUCAGAAUACGACGAGAUCGAAGAAAUCUUCUCACUCCAAGGAGGCUAUCUCUCUAGACGUUUUGCCGAUGGAGUCGUCCCAUGCUCUGAGGGAGGCAAUGUGAAGGGCCGACAGAACGCUGCGGAAUGGAUCCGGACCGCGUUUCACGACAUGAUCACACAUGACUCUACGGAGCGAACUGGCGGUGUUGAUGGUUCUAUAUGGUUCGAGCUGAACCGCGCCGAGAACGGUGGCCUUGCUUUCAACAACACUUUCAACUUCUUCAACUUUCUCUAUUCCUCAAGAGCCUCAGCGGCAGACUUGCUCGCCAUGAGCGUGAUUGUUUCACAUAGCUCUUGCGGUGGCUCAACUAAGAUCCCCUUCCGUUAUGGACGAAUCGACGCCAACGAAGCCGGCCAGGCGGGCGUUCCCGAGGCGCACACUCCUCUCAAAACGAUGCUUGGUCGAUUCGCGACAGCAGGAUACAGCCAAUCAGAUAUGAUCACCAUGGUAGCAUGCGGGCAUACCCUUGGUGGCGUUCACAGCGUGAACUUCCCAGAGAUCUCAAAGGGCUCGACAAAUAUUUACAACGACACCGUGACGACCUUUGAUAGUUCGCCUUAUCAAUUUGAUAACAGCAUUGCGACAGAAUAUGUGAAAGGGACAACGACCAACCCGCUCGUUAUUGGAACAAACGACACAGUCAACUCUGACAAACGAAUCUUCGGCUCCGACAACAACAAGACGAUGACCGCCUUGGCUCGGAAGCCAUCAGUUUUCGAAGCUAAGUGCUCAAAGAUCUUCAGCCGAAUGAUCGAUACAGUUCCAAAGGGUGUGAAGCUGUCUUCUCCUCUUGAGGCCAUCGACAUCAAGCCCAAUAUUACGAAGCUAUACUUGAAUGACGAAGGUUCUUUAGUAUUUGCUGGUCGCGUUCGGGUCAGAACAACCGAGGGUGCCAAAAAGGGGCGAGAUCAAACCGAUCUUUCUGUCCACCUCACCUACGCCAAUCGAAAAGGAAAAGGUGCCACGGUUAUCGAGACAGAGUAUGCAGGAAACUCCACUGGAUUGUACGGAGAAACCUUUGCUUGGUACGAGUAUGAGACGGUUAUCGAGGCUGCCACGGGAAUCAGCAUGUUCAACAUCCACCUGACGGUCCCGUCCAAGAAGAAAACCACAAAAUACACCAACGAGGGCCACGGAUACCUUGUGAAUGACGCAAUUCUAUAUCAGGAUACUGUGUCUUGCGUCUCGCGGACCAGCGUCAAUGGAACGAGAGCAUUUGUCGCCAGAGUUGCGAUAGAGACAGAACGUGCCGCUUCUGCGCUGAGAAUGGACAUCAUCCAAUUUGAAAGAAGGCAAGGUGUAAUUGUGCGAAAGAUGAAUGUGCAAAGCAUUGGUUUUGAGGCAACGGGCGAGGUGUCUGGCAGAUGGGCUUUCUAUGAGGCAACUGUCCAACUCGCAACAUCUGCCUGGAGCACUACGUUCGAUAUUGUGUCGGAAGGGAUGAAGAAGAGUAAGGGUAAAGCCGGGUAUGAGGAGGCAAAGAUAGAGUUUUUGAGGACCCGGACAUGUGCACGUGUCUCUUCGUAAAUCACGGACUGGUUUUAAUAAUGUCUGAG